CAUAGUACUAUUAAUGAUAAUUUUAUGAAUACGUGCAAGAUUACUCCAUGAAACGCCAACAUGAGAAAUAUCACAGAAGUCACAAUAUUUGUCCUAAUGGGCUUCACAGACAAGCUUGAAGUACAGAUGAUCUUAUUCUUCCUGUUUCUAGCAAUUUACCUGUUUACUAUGGUGGGAAAUUUGGGAUUGGUUUUAUUGGUGAUUGGAGAUUCGAGGCUUCAUAACCCCAUGUACUAUUUUCUGAGUGUGUUAUCAUCUGUGGAUGCUUGCUUUUCCUCAGUAAUUACCCCAAAUAUGUUAAUAGAUUUUAUGUCAAAGAAUAAAGUCAUUUCAUUCCUUGGGUGUGCAAUGCAGAUGUUUCUCGCUGUGACUUUUGGGACCACAGAGAGCUUCCUCUUGGCCGUCAUGGCUUAUGAUCGCUAUGUAGCCAUCUACAACCCACUCCUGUAUUCAGUCAGCAUGUCACCCAGUGUCUAUGUACCACUCAUAAUUGCUUCCUAUGUUGGUGGCAUUUUGAAUGCUUCUGUGCACACAGGGGCCACAUUCAGCCUGUCCUUCUGCGCAUCCAAUGAAGUCAGACACAUCUUCUGUGACAUCCCCCCUCUCCUUGCUAUUUCUUGUUCUGACACGCACAUAAACCAGAUCCUGCUCUUUUACUUUGUGGGAUCUAUUGAGAUAAUUGCUAUUUUGAUUGUCCUGAUCUCGUAUGGUUUCAUCUUGUUGGCAAUCCUGAGGAUGAAGUCUCCGGAAGGAAGGAGGAAAGUCUUCUCUACCUGUGGCUCUCACAUGACUGGGGUAUCCAUCUAUCACGGAACAAUCCUUUUCAUGUACAUGAGACCGAGUUCCAGCUAUGCUUUGGACUAUGACAUGAUAGUGUCGAUAUUUUACACCAUUGUGAUCCCCAUGCUGAAUCCCAUCAUCUACAGUUUAAGGAACAAAGAUGUAAAACAGGCAAUGAAAAAAGUAUUCGGUAAAAAUUGGUUUCUCAAUAAAGUAUAUUCUUCACACUGA